GGAUCUCGCUGGCUAUUGCAAUCUGACAAGAUCUGUAAUACUUGGGUGAUGAAUCGUUCCAAACUUUUUUGACGAUGCUGGCAGCUCGGGGGUGUGCGCAUGUGCGAAGGUGUCCAAACUGACAAUGCUGGAGAGAUAGUGCGUCUGGGAUUGAGAAUCACAGAGAAAAAGGACAGAGGAAAAAAGAAAAAGGAGGAAAAGAUUCGAGAAAAAAUCCGACAAACCCACGCCGAGAGACGGGCAUCAUGAGGUCCAAAGGCAGGGCAAGGAAACUGACCACUGGAGAUGGAGAAGACUUCUCUCUUUUCGCCUCUGAUGACCUGGAAGAAGUUGGCGGAGUGUCUGAUGCAGAUCCAGUCCCACUGGCCACUGCAAAUGACCUUCCAUCCCCUGGCCUAUCAGGUGAUGCACUUUCCCCAGUCGACCAGUCCCCCUUCUACCCGUCAUUCCACACUUCAGUGUACCUGGCCGGGGAUGGGGUCGAAUCGGUGCCCCCAGACUUUGAGGUCCGCGAGUCAGCCAUUACCAGAGGAACCCUGGGCAUCUGGAGCCGGAGGAGACUGGAGGUGGGAGAACGUCUCGGACCCUAUGAGGAAACGUCAAGACGCAUCCCAGAAAAUGCCACCCAGGCAUGGGAGGGCGAGCAGACAGGUUUGGAUGGGAGCGUGUGUGAUAGCAGGAGCUGGCUAAGGCACGUCCAGAUCUCUCCAUCCACCCACCAACACAACCUCACAGCCUGCCAGAUACAUGAGCAGAUCUUUUACCGUGUGGUCCGAGAGGUCCAGCCGGGUGAGGAACUCUUACUGUUCAUGAAGGCUGAGGAUUUUUCAUGUGAGACCAUGGCUCCAGACAUACACGAGGAGCGUCAAUACCGUUGUGAGGACUGUGACCUGAACUUUGAGUCUGGUUUGGAGCUGUUGGACCAUCAGAAGCAUGCAUGCGGUACCCCGCCUUCCUCCGGCUUCAAGCUGUCUAAGCAGGGUCUGCCCAGCGCAGUGGACGAUCCUGAUCUUGACCCGCUGCACUUACACACUCACCCCCUGAACGUACCCUGCUCUCCACAGGAGUGUAAGGAGUGUGAGCAGGUCUUUCCUGAUGCCCAGAGUCUGGACGCUCACUCUCUGUCUCACUCCGAUGAGAGGGAAUAUAAAUGUGAUCAGUGUCCGAAGGCCUUCAACUGGAAAUCAAACCUGAUUCGCCACCAGAUGUCACAUGACAGCGGCAAGCAUUAUGAAUGUGAAAACUGCUCAAAGCAGGUGUUCACAGACCCCAGUAACUUGCAGAGGCACAUUCGCUCUCAGCACGUAGGGGCGAGAGCUCACGCCUGCCCCGACUGUGGCAAGACCUUCGCCACCUCCUCGGGCCUUAAACAACACAAACACAUUCACUCUUCCGUCAAGCCCUUCAUAUGUGAGGUCUGCCACAAAUCUUACACGCAGUUCUCCAAUCUGUGCCGCCACAAGCGCAUGCACGCGGACUGUCGCACUCAGAUUAAAUGCAAAGACUGCAGCCAGAUGUUUAGCACCACGUCGUCCCUAAACAAGCAUCGGCGCUUCUGCGAGGGUAAAAACCAUUUUGCUGCUGCCGCGGGAGGGUUGUUUGCCCAUGGCAUGGCCCUCCCUGGCACCCCUGGCCUGGACAAAUCCGCACUGGCUGGAAUGAGCCAUGGGAGUCCUGGUUUAGCAGACUAUUUUGGGACGAACCGGCACCAUGGUGGGCUGACAUUCCCAGCAGCCCCUCCGGCAUUCCCAUUCAGUUUUCCAGGACUUUUCCCAUCAGGACUUUACCACCGGCCCCCUCUAAUCCCAUCCACAUCUCCUAUUAACGGCCCUCCGAGCGGUGAACUACGAAAGAGUCCGCUGCUGUCUUCACCCAUUUCUGGGUCACAUGACCUCUUGAAGAGUUUACGCAAGGAUUCGUUCAACGGGGAGAGCGAGAGCAUGGAGCAUCAAAGGGAAGGAUCCGUCUCCAAACCAAGGCACGGCGGGAAGAUGAGUGACCAGUCGGAGAGUAGCGAUCUGGACGACGUCAGCACUCCGAGCGGGAGUGAGCUGGAAAGCACUUCAGGUUCAGAGUUGGACAGCGAAGCGGAAAGCGACCGGGAACGAGUGCAGGAAAACGGGAAAGGCCUGAAAAGGAAGUCCAGCGGGUUCAACAAUGCCCAAAGCCCGACUCUUGUCAGCUCCAGUAGUAGUAGCAACACCAAUAAUGGAAAAGACUUGCCUGUGCCGGGGCCCCUCCCGCCAUCUUUGGACGAGCAAACGGCUGUUUCUGGUGCCGUUAAUGACUCGAUCAAGGCAAUUGCCUCCAUUGCUGAGAAAUACUUUGGUUCUACUGGACUUGCAGGCCUGCAAGAUAAAAAAGUUGGGGCAUUGCCAUACCCUUCCAUGUUCCCUCUGUCUUUCUUCCCUGCCUUCUCUCCAUCAGUCUAUCCUUUCCCAGAAAGGGAGCAACUUAGACCUCCAGGCCCCAAAGGGGAGCCAGAAAGCCCUCCGGUUGAGGGUAAAAAACUUAAGGGCAGAAACGCUGAAUCACCUUGUGACCUCACCACCAAACGGAAGGAAGAACGUCUUGCCGCUACUUGCGUCCCUUUGAAACCGGAAGCCUCACAUGUACAAUCAGCCAACCAGGAUCAACCACUGGACCUGAGUCUCGGUGGACGAAGUCGAGGAAAGAGUGUAAGAGGGGAGGAGUUAAAAAAGAACCCUGUCUUUGGAGAGGAGAGGGUGGAACCGGAGCCACCCAAGGCCGACCCGUCCCUCCAACACGCAAGACCUACGCCUUUCUUCAUGGAUCCCAUUUACAGGGUUGAGAAGAGAAAGAUGAACGAUCCUUUCGAAGUCCUCAAGGACAAGUAUAUGCGGCCCACUCCUGGAUUUCUCUUCCACCCGCAGUUUCGCAUGCCUGAUCAGAGAACAUGGGUAAGUUACUCCAAACCGAGUCAUUCACGUGCUUUCACUACACCCACACCCACACACACAUUCUUAAUACUUCCAUGGUGUUUUUGGGAAAUGUGUGUGUAUGUGUGUAUUGCUGAGUAUUGUUCCUGGAGAUCUGUUUCCUUCCCCUAUAGAUACUGUGGCAAGAUAUUCCCACGCUCAGCCAACCUUACAAGACAUCUACGGACACACACAGGAGAGCAGCCUUACAGAUGUAAGUACUGCGAUCGUUCGUUCAGUAUUUCGUCGAAUCUUCAGCGUCACAUCCGUAACAUCCAUAACAAAGAGAAACCCUUCAAAUGCCAUCUUUGUGACCGCUGCUUCGGGCAACAAACCAACCUGGACCGGCACCUCAAAAAACACGAGAACGGCACGGCAAUGUCGUCGCCCCGUUCAGAGCUGGACAGUGGCAGUGCCAUCUUGGAGGACAAGGAGGACUCGUAUUUUAACGAAAUACGAAACUUCAUCAGUAACACGGCACGGAACACUUCUCCGUCACACUCUGAGGAAGGGCUGAACGGCAGUCACUUUGAUGGCGACAAAGCCCUGCCUGGUAAGGGGUCACGUGACCUGGAUGAAGAAGAAGGGGAGGAGCUCGGAGCAGAGGAAGAGGAGGCGGAGCAUAGCGACAGUGCCAGGAAACCCAGCGAGGAUGGCGUACCCAGCAGUCUGGAUCACGACAUAAAUGAUGACAUCGAUUUCGAGGGACCAGAUGAUCUGGAGAUGAAUAGCAAAUCCUCACCACAAAGGUUUAAUGAGGAAGAGAACGAUGAAGAUCACAGCAGUUUCUCCACGCUGGAUCACAUCCGUCACUUUAGUAUGGAGGACGGAGACCUCAGCGACAGUGACGUCACCAGCUUUGGCCCCGCCCACCUGCAAGAGGGCAUCAAGCAGCCUCUAUACAGGAAAUCUAAAUCACAGGCAUAUGCUAUGAUGCUGUCCCUAGCUGAUAAGGAUCCACUCCAUUCGUCUACCCAUAAUGCCCCGAUGUGGCACAGCUUGGCCCGCGCUGCAGAACCCAGCAACAUUCAGUCUCUCAGUCACGUAUGACACGCCCAUGUACCAUGUGACCUAACUUAACAUUGUGUUAGACUACCGCCAGAGUCCCUGGUCCACACUCAAGCCUGCACAAGUGCCCAAAUCCUCAUUCACUUCCACCACACACACCCAGAUCCUGUGCAUAGCAGCUCACUGUCCCACAUACAUCAACAAAUGAUCGACUGACUGUUUGAUUGACUUAUUGAUUAGUAGGAAUGACAAUAGUGUCAGUAAUUUUGAUGGUGAUGAUGAAGACGAUCAUGACAAUAGUAGUAAGACAUAAUAAUAAUUGUAUUUAUUCUGUCAAGUUCCAAUGUUUUGCAGAGCAGUGGCAGCUGGUGAACAGUUUUUGAGAUUGCUAAUGAAACGUCGGUGUCAUGUUUGUGAGUUUUGUCCGCUAAAACCGAUGGUUACUAAGAGUAACAAAUGAGAGUCUUCCACAAGACAAAUGUGAUCGCAGACUAUUCAGGCACAACCGCUUACCGGCCUGUAAAUAUCUUUAGAAUUACCGCCAUCACACAUAAACGCAAAUACAGACACGCAAAACAACCAUGUGUGUGUUUCAAACAUUCUUUUAGGUCUUGUACAGAAACAUACAAGUUUACAAAGUAUGUGAGGGGUCGUGGGGUUAGUGUUUCUCUUUUAAGAUAUUCUCCAGGAGUUUGUGAAUUUGAAAACGUAAACAGAUACACAUAAAAGGUGUGACCUUUAGACCUCUCUCUGACGCUGCUUGUAAAAAAAACUAAAUAGGUGUAAGGCGCGAGACACGUUCUGUCCAAUUAAAGCACUGCAUUACCUUCAACCCACUUUCCCGCCAGUUUGUGUGAAAACGUGUGCUUUUUAGUUAGUGUCUUUUUUAAGUUGGAAGAGUGGUUGGGAAAAAAAACUAGAAUUUUUUUCUAAAUUGAAAAACUAGUUUAAGAAUUGAAUCUGUAGAACUCGCGUAAAGGGCAUUUUAUCAUUUCCAUGGUAACUUUUUCCAUUAGUUGGCGAACGAUACCACUAAAUAGCCUGAAUGCUCGUCUUUAGCUACACCAUCCUUGUGUCUUUCAUUUAUAGACAAUCAUGGGUUCCUUGUGUUUAUUUUUUCCCCUUGUCGUUUGUUGCUUUGUUUUUGUCUUUCUUUUAUUUCUUGGUUGAUGUCGUCAAUGUUAUUGCUGUGUAUCUUGAAAUUUGUAUUUAUUUCUCUGCAAACUGUAGUUUGUUUACUGAAUAGCACUGCUCUCAAGCGCCCCCUUGUGUUGAAAUGAAGAAUUUCUCAUUGAAAAUUUUGGGGGAAGAGACUCUACUGGGGUUUGUAGUAACGUCUGAAUGCCAGAUAGUAUUAAACGUACCAUCACAGCUUAUACUUCUAAUAAAACUGGUAAAUGAUAUAGAUAUUAUGUAGGUUUUUUUGUAUGACAAUUUAUUGAUUCAACUGUAAAAUAUAAAAAAAUGAGAAAAAAAGGAAAGAAGAAUAAAAACAGCUGAUAUUAUUUCUUCAUAAAACGCAUGAUUGGUCCAAGCUGUACCUGACAUUUUCUAUGGUUGUCUGCAAGCUUGUGUGACGUUUGGGUCCAUGUUGAUUUCUUGUGCCAAACCUAGGAGAAAUGCCAGAUUUUGUUUAUCCUCACGAGGUGAAGGACCAGAUCUUUCCUAUUUCACUUUGUUUGUUUUUUUGUCGAUGUUUAUAAUCCCAUUUUUAAAAGUAAUCAGUGAGUUGAGGUACUUCUGUUUUAAUGCUUUCUACAAUGUAACUGUAUUGCAUUAUAAUUCAAUACUGUGGGAGGAGUUACUGAGAAAUAAAAAAAAAAACUCCUAUGUGGGCGGACUGUGCACUCU